AUGUUAAAAUUAGAAAAGGAUUAUCCUGGGAUAAAUGAAUUAUGCAAGACUUUUGCAAAAAAUUUAUCAAAAAUUAAAGAUAAAGGCGACUAUAAUGAUUACUGUUUGGACUUAACCUACUGGACAUAUGAUAAAUUAAGUGGAAUGUUUAAUUCUACUUCGGAUUACAGUGACAUAGGACCUGUUGUAAUGGAACUUCGUCGAGUAAUGGAUCAUAUUAAUAAUACACAAUUAAGGAAUAAACCUUGUUACUUUUAUUUUGACGGAAAUUCGACAGAUAGGAAUGAAGAAGCCCAAUUGCUGAAAUAUUUUAGGAAUUUUGAUAGCAUAUAUGCUAAAGAGUCCUUUGAAAAUGGAGAGAAAGACAAGUACUGUAACUUUGCAGAAAGUAUUAACACGUUAUAUGGAAAAUAUGCAAACAGGUGUUGUACUUACUUUAAAGAUUAUACACCCUUUAAUAGAUGUAUAAAAUAUUUUAAAUGUGAUCCAAAGUAUAAUCCUUAUAAUCUGCAAUUAAAAUUAAAUUGUCCUGGUGUUUUUAAAACUGAAAGUACUUUUGAAAAAGUGGAAGCUCCAGUCCCACUACCAGUAACUGAGGAUAACAGUGUAAACAGUGUUAAGGAGGAACCUCCAAAGAGAGAGUAUUUUCCUAAAGUUAUAGAAAGUACUUAUAUGGAAUUAAUAGAGGAUCCUUUCUAUAUGGCAUCCUUCAGUGUUUUUUUCCUUAUUGGAAUAUUUUUUGUGUUCUUUGUUUUUUACAAGGUAAUAAACAUUUCCUUUUUUACUCCAAUUGGGACGUGGAUAAAUAGGAAAGGGAAAAAGAUAAGACAUAUACAAAAUGAUUAUAAUGAUUCUCAAAGAGGGAAAUUAAUAAUGUAUGAUUCAAGACCCGAGCAUAUAAAUUAUCAGAACGAGAGAAUUCGUCUGUCUUAUCAUCAUGACUAA